AUGUCCAACCUCGAGUCCUUCGUUCAUCUGAUGGUUCGGCAAGAUGAUUCUGGAGCGACUCCAGCUUGUGAUACAGGCAACGACUAUGAUGGCCGCAUCGGCUUACGAGUUGCCGCCCUCUUCAUAAUAUGGAUCACCUCGUCGAUAGGCGCCGCCUUUCCCAUCUUUGCAAACCGGCACCGAGGACUAAAAGUGCCAGAGCCUGUGUUCUUCAUCUGCAAGUACUUUGGAUCUGGUGUCAUUAUCGCUACCGCCUUCAUCCACCUCCUAGCUCCUGCGACCGAUGCGUUAACAGAUCCAUGUCUUACCGGGCCCAUAACAGAAUACGACUGGGCCGAGGGUAUCGUCCUGAUGACCAUAUUUGUUUUAUUUUUCGUUGAAUUGAUGGUCAUGAGAUAUGGGAAUUUUGGUGGAGCACAUAAUCACGAUCAUGGAGAUGGGCAUGCUCAUGCACGUGCUCAUUCUCAUUCACACGCGGUCGACCUGGAGAGGUCGACAACCGACACGGAAAUGACUCCCGCACCAGGUUCAUCGCCUUACAAAGACAGUCCCCACUCGGUGAGCCUGCCUCUAUCCACGCGGCUGUCGCGCUCUCAAAGUACACAUGUGCCUGGAGAAGAUCACAUGGGCCAUGCUCGUGAACACAGCGAAAUCGAGGAGGCCGCCAACCCGUUCAGCCUCGAAGACUACAAAGCGCAGAUGACGGCCAUUUUCAUCCUCGAAUUCGGAAUCAUCUUCCACAGCGUCUUCAUUGGUCUGACGCUUGCUGUGGCCGGCAGCGAGUUUGACACGCUUUUCAUCGUCAUUAUUUUUCACCAGACCUUUGAGGGCCUCGGGUUGGGAUCCCGGCUCGCCGUAACGCCGUGGCCGAAAGACCGACGAUGGACCCCCUACGUCUUAGCGUUGUCCUAUGGCCUCAGUACUCCUCUGGCAAUUGCCAUCGGCUUGGGAGUAAGGAAGAGCUAUCCUCCUAAUUCCCAGACGACACUCAUCGUCAAUGGCGUCUUUGAUUCGAUGUCCGCCGGCAUCCUGAUCUACACGGGGCUGGUGGAACUGAUGGCUCACGAGUUCAUGUUCAGCAUCUCAAUGCGCAGAGCGAGUAUCCGCACAGUCAUGGCGGCUUUUGUUACCAUGUGUCUUGGUGCAGGACUUAUGGCAUUGCUUGGGAAAUGGGCUUAG